UCGAUGGAUCAGAUUUCUGGCUUGGAUUCUCAAAAGAGAGAGAUCGCUCAGUUUGUUCAGCUUCGAUCAUCUGGGGAAAAAAUCAUCCCUUCCAUCGAAUCUCCAACCAACCAAUGCACAACCCCAAAAUUAUGAAUCCUAAUAAACAUCUAAUUAUUUAAAAAUGCAGACGGAUCAGCAAACCGGCUUGGAAUCUCUACUGCGUAGAGAAAUAUUCGCACGGUAUGUUCAGCUUCGAUCAUCUGGGGAAAAAAUCAUCAAGUCCGUCGCCUCCAACAAACAAAAAUACACAAGUAGAGAUGAUAGGAACAAAUUUCCCCAUUUCUACAGCAAAAGAGAUAGGUAGAAACCCUAUAUCUUUGAAUCGAUCGCAGAGAGGGGUACGUUAUAGCGUCGGCUCAUACUCAAACGCUCACGGUGGAUGGAGCGCCGGUAAUCAGUAUAUGACGCAUAAUGCAAGUUAGUGAAAGAAGAAAAGAAAAGAAAAGAGAUGGGGGAAG